CAGCUGACGCAGCCGGAAGUAGAGACGAGCGGACCGCUAGCAUCCAUCAUGACAAUCCCGUGACGCACCUGCUAACCCAGCGCCGCGGAACCAACUGAACACACACACACCUGGAUUAAUACCCCGAGGCUGCGCGUGCUCCGAGUUCUCCGGCAUCCAACACCCGGAUCUGUGUGUGUGUGGGGAGGGGGAAAGACACCAGAGGGAGCCGGACCAGGAGGAGCAGCCUGAAGACAACAUGCCCCCCAAGUUCAAACGGCACCUCAAUGACGACGAGGUCACGGGAUCCGUUCGCAGCGAGAGGAGGAACCUGCUGGAGGAGGACUCUGAUGAGGAGGAAGACUUCUUUCUGCGAGGCCCCUCGGGGCCCAGGUUCGGACCUCAGAAUGACAAAUUCAAGCAGGUGCAGUCGCAGGUGGACGAGGUGAUCGACGUGAUGCAGGAGAACAUCUCCAAGGUGAUCGAGAGGGGCGAGCGGCUCGACGACCUGCAGGACAAGUCGGAGAGCCUGUCGGACAACGCGUCGGCCUUCAGCAGCCGAGCCAAGCAGCUGCACAGGAGGAUGUGGUGGAGGGACAUGAAGAUGAAGAUGAUUAUCGUCUCGGUGGUUGUCGCCCUCCUGCUCAUCAUCAUCAUUCCAGUGAUCCUACGAUAUCGCUAGCGUCCGACGACGAGGAUGAGGGAGAACUGUCCUCUUCCUCUCUCUCGCUCGCUCUUUUCUUUGCACACGGUCCUCCACUCCAGCUAGGGGGCGCCAGCCAGCCCCCCCCCCCCCCCGGUGUCAGCCCUUCAGAUCUGAUAAUUUAUAUUUCCACAUAAAUCUGCCGUGAGAUCAGUCUCGAGGGGGGGGGGGGGAUGCUCCUCAGAUGUUUCCCCAGAACAUCUUGAGGCUCAUCUGCUUUCUUUUAUUCACUCUGUUCUUCAUCAGUUAUGUUUCCUCAUCAGUGCAGGGCCAUCACCAAUCACCCCCUCCUCCUCCUCCUCCUCUUCCUCUUGUUGUUGUCCCGUACCCCAAAGACACCCGAGCCGCCGCCACAGAACUGUUACAUACCCCUGAAGGUCGUCGUGGUUCACGACCUCUGGACCGUUGUCGCUCCUCUUCGUCACUUUUAAUUUAUUCUGCUGUAAAUAUUGAUUCUGUGAUGACGUUCUGUUGAAGACGGUGAAACACCGACACACCUUUUCAUCUGUUGCUCUGGAAUAAAGUGAUUUGAGAAAAGA